GGCUGGAAUAGCUCCAUAUGUCCGUAAGUCUUGCGUUCAAUCGUACUCUCAUCCCCAUUGCCUCAAUGUUUCGAAGAAAAGUGCUAAUGAUCCGGUCCCUGGACAGCUUCAACCAAAUCCAUUUUGUGUGGAUGUGCAGGCAUCCGAACUGGCAGCAUUGGAACAUCGCAUACACGGGAAUUGGAACUCAAGAGAAUAACAAGAGAGCUUCUAUCCGCCGUAAAACGGCGUGGAUGAUAGCUUCGUCCCUGGCCUUGCUUGCUCUUCUUCUUGCGUACUCUGGGAGCUUACACUAAGCGAUGGAAUUAUCUAGAUACCCAUCCACAAGACUCAUGUCAAUAAAGAACUGUAUUCGCUUUGGGAAUUUUUACUAUUACAC